CAAGCUUCUCUACUCUCCACUACAACUUCAUUAAAGAACACCUUCCGUUCAAACAACCAUCAAUCAACAUGUCUGACACCGGUCGCAAGGAUUUCUCUACCAAGGCCAAGGAGGAGAUCACUCCUGACUCCACCAAGUCCACCCAGGACAAGGUUAAGGAGACCUUCACCGACACCACUGAUCGCCUUGCUCGUGGCACUCAGUCCGACAACUCCAAGUCUACCACUCAGGAGGCUUUCGACAAGACCCAGCGCUCCCACGACAACCAUGCCCACGGCGGUUCUUCCCAGUCCAUUGGUGACAAGAUCAAGAACGCUGUCGGCCUCGGCGACAACUAAAUCGGUUUCACAAUACCCAAGUACAACUGUAACAUGGGUUGCAGCAGACUUUCGGUUUCCAUCAUGUGAAUGAUUAUUGCCGGAGGAACACUGGCGGCUAUGGGCAGAUUGUUCUUAUGAUUUUCAUGAGUUGAUGAUACCAAGCCUUUGAUUGUACUACUCUCACUAGGUUUAAUACAACAUUU